GCGCUGCCGGAGCGCGGGACAGUUCAGCCGCAGCAGCUGCCGGAGCUUCCCUGGCGCUGCGGGCAGGACACCCCCACCUCCACGGGCUGGCUUUCCGUGAAUGCUUCAAAGCAGCUGUGAGGAAACAGCCUUCUAGCCUGUGCAAGUGAGCUGGGGCCUUAGAGGGAUUAACCCGUCUCAUAGCUGACUUUACAAAGACUGAAAGUUCAGGUGCUGUAGGGGGAGUGGAGGACGGUACAGGAAUGGGACUGUGACUACAUGGAGAACGCGUUCUGGGGCUCACCCACACUCUGCUCCAGUGACCCUUUUGCAGGGGACCAUGGAGAGCAGGUGCUGAGAGCGAGUGCUUGGCAGAAGCAGCAGCGGGCUGGUGAAGAUGGAGAAUGGCACAGGAGACGAGCAAAACCAGACUGGGCUGCCACUAUCAAGCCAGGAGAUCAUUACAGCCGAAUACCAAGUGGUUACCAUCCUCUUGGUGCUCCUUAUCUGCGGGCUGGGCAUCGUGGGCAACGUCAUGGUGGUUUUGGUGGUCCUCAGAACGAAGCACAUGAGAACUCCCACUAACUGCUACCUGGUGAGCCUGGCCAUGGCAGAUCUCAUGGUGCUUGUGGCUGCAGGGCUGCCCAAUAUCACCGAGAGCCUGUACAGAUCCUGGGUGUACGGCUACGCCGGGUGCCUCUGCAUCACUUAUCUCCAGUACCUGGGAAUCAACGCCUCUUCUUUUUCCAUCGCUGCCUUCACCAUUGAGAGGUACAUAGCCAUCUGCCACCCAAUCAAAGCUCAAUUCCUGUGCACUUUUUCAAGAGCCAAAAAGAUCAUUCUUUUUGUUUGGGCUUUCACCUCCAUAUACUGUAUGCUCUGGUUUUUCUUGCUAGACCUUAACACAGUAGCCUACAAAGAGACUACUGUUGUGUCCUGUGGCUACAAGGUCUCCAGGAGCUAUUACUCUCCUAUCUACAUGAUGGACUUUGGUAUAUUUUAUGUUGUGCCAAUGGUGUUGGCGACUGUGCUCUAUGGCCUGAUUGCUAGGAUACUGUUCCUGAACCCCGUCCCUUCAGACCCAAAAGAAAACUCUAAGACCUGGAGGAAUGAUGUGGCUCACCAAAGCAAGCCUGUGAAUACCAAGAUGACUAACAGGAGUUUCAAUAGCACUAUUGCUUCUCGAAGGCAGGUCACCAAGAUGCUGGCCGUGGUUGUGAUUCUGUUCGCAUUCCUGUGGAUGCCCUACCGCACCCUGGUUGUCGUCAAUUCCUUUCUUUCCAGACCCUUCCAAGAAAACUGGUUCCUGCUAUUUUGCAGAAUCUGCAUUUAUUUAAAUAGUGCCAUCAAUCCUGUCAUUUACAAUCUCAUGUCCCAGAAAUUCAGAGCAGCCUUCAGGAAACUGUGCAACUACCAGCAAAAGCAGGAGAAGAAACCUGCCAGUUACAGCAUGGCCCUAAAUUAUAAUGUCAUCAAGGAUUCUGAUCACUUCAGCACUGAGCUAGAAGAUAUUACCAAUACCUACCUGUCCUCUGCAAAACUGUCCAUUGGUGAUACCUGUUUGUCAUCCAAGUUUUCUCCUCUCUUUCAGGCCUGAAGCCCACCUUGUUGAGAGUGUGCAGCCAUGUAAGAGGUUUGGAUGCUCUGUUCCCACCCAUUGUAUGAAUUGUAAGGACAUUUCUACUCACAGAAUUGCAGAAGCUACCAUAAAUCUUUUCAUACCUGUGGGUGCCCUACAGGAAAAUGCAGCAUCUUGGGCAGUGAAAAGAGUGUAUUAUUGAGGCUAACUGGAUGAAGUACUCAAUACAACCUAACUUUAGCCAGGUGAGUUGGCUCCAGGAGAAUACCUAAAUCCUUCUUCCCAUUACCUGGCUGAAGAGUGGUCUGUGAUCUCAGAAUGAGCAAGGCUUGCCAGGACAUGUCCAUGGACACAGAGUGGGGCAGGGGAUGAUACUCCCUGUGAAGAUGAGAGGUGAGGAGAGGAGCUGCUCUAAUGUGUGCCUGCACCUGGCAGUACCCAGGAGACCUUCCAACAGCAACACAAAUUGCUGCUGAUAGCAGUAAUUACCUGCCAGUGACUCCCUCAGCCCACAUCAGUGCAAAUCUCAUCGCAGCACGCUUCAAUAAACAGGUGUCUGAUGGCAAAGAGCACAAAAUCUUUCUUUGCUUUGGUUUAUUUUUACCUUGAGCAGUGUGAAAUAGGAAGACUAUUCAAUGAAUCUGCAGCUGGAACCAAACAAAUUAAAAAGUCAGUAAGAAGCAUUUAAAAUAGCUUAUCUUUUUCAGCAAUCAGGUUAUAGAUGUACCACUUUAAAUGUAGGUCUCAGCUAUUACUGAAUCCUGUUGGAAAUUGACAGAUAUUGAAGAGUAUGUAGCAGGCUUUUAACAGCUCCUUUUAUCUUGGUUCAAUACCAAUUGUACCUAAGUGUACCAGAAGGGGUUUAGAGCUUUAAUAUCGAUAAUAUCUGCAGAAAAGAGGAAAAUUCAGAGAAAAGUGACACUUUCAAAAUGUUUUUUCUCAAAAUUUAUCUAUUAGAACACUUUAGGACAUAAAGUGUUGUCAGAGGAAAAGUCAUCCUGGCUUUUUACUUGCCAGCAUAGCCCCUUCCCUGCUCUUCCCACACAGGCCUAUGAUGAGCAGCCUGGGGCCAGUCUCCCUGAUGUAGCUACAGACAAAAUAUCAUAUCUUGCUUUGGCUUUGCUCUAGACAAGCUCUUGUUCUUGCUAGAAGUUCAUUUUCUCACUUCUGUGCUGCAGAAGCCCAGGAAAGUGCUUGUGUGUUCCUGUGUGUCAUGAACAUUUUGCACGGCUUUUGUACGUGACAUUCAAAAACCUGUGAAAAACCUGAUUCACAGAAUCACAGAAUAGGCUGAUUUGGGAGGGACCCAGAAGGAUGAUCGAGUCCAGCUCCCAGCCCUGCACAGCCCCAUCCCCAAGAGUCACAAACCUGCCCAGUGUGGGUGAAAGAGGCAGUCUCUACAGCAUUGUAAGGCUUUCCUAUCCAGUAUUGUUUUGCCUACACAGCCACUUCCUAAUUCAAGCUACUUUCACUAAUAUUCAACUAUAUUUGAAAACUUAAAGAGAACUAAAAAUACCCUGACAGGCCUCAGAUUUAAGCAUUAAAACCAUGAACCUAUGUUUGCUGCAUCCAAAGGACUCUGUUGGGCAUUCUCUACAUGGCAAGGAGGAAGCAAACAUUGCUCAGAGAGGUUGUGGAGUCUCCCUCACUGGACAUAUUCAAGAACCAUCUGGACUCAGUCCUGUGCCAUGUGCCCUGG